GUUAUGGAUCGUCAACUUGUUAUAGUGCUGCUGUUGCUGGGUUGCGCCAUGCACAGCGUUUGGUCACAGACAACGGAGAUCCCGGAGACCACGGACGAAACGGAGACAACAGAUACAACGGAGACGACGGAGAGUCCAAACUUUUCGUGCUUCACCUAUGAAGGAACUGCAGUCGAUCUAGGAGGUCUCUCGGGCUAUUGGUAUGAGGUGGCGCGUGCUCCGGAUGUGGAUGACAUGCAGUGCUUGAAUUACUCGGUGCCAGCCAGUCCCAACGAGAACAAUAUGCUGGAGCUGCAAGUGGAGUACGUGGACACCACCAAUGGCCAGUGGGAGUCGGCCUCAGAGUCUGGCUCAUUGGCCUGGGACGACAACGCCAAGAAUGGCAUCUUCACCUGGUCCAUCGGGGAAGUGACCCGCCUGCCAGUCACCUACAAGCUGGUCAGCACGGAUAAGACCACAUACGCGUUUCUCUGCGGCUACAUGGGCAUCGCAUCCGUGCCGAUCUUCAAGGUGUGGACACGCCAUCGACAUCUGAGCGUCGAUGACAUGCUAAUCAUCCAGCAAAAGUUUGUCGAUAUUGGACAAGUCGAACAGCUCGCCUGGGUGGAGCAAUCGCUGGAGAAGUGCAACAAUUCCGCCAUGCGCACGGCCGGAGGAGCACUUGUCGCCUUCGCAUUGGCGUUAAUUCUUGGAAAUAUUUGA